AUGGUCGAAACACAAGCCUUUAAAUACGAAUUCGAUUCCGUGGAAGAUGCCUUAAAAGACUUUGCUGCCAACAAGUUUGUCAUUGUAAUGGAUAAUGAAGACCGUGAAAAUGAAGGUGAUUUAAUUAUUGCAGCUGAAAAUAUUACAACACAACAAAUGGCAUUUUUGAUUCGUUAUUCCAGUGGUUACGUUUGUGCACCUACAACAAGUGAACGUCUUGAUGAAUUACAACUUCCUUUGAUGGUAGAAAGAAACACAGAACUAAUGAGAACAGCAUACACUGUUUCUUGUGACUAUGCCCAUGGAACAACUACAGGUAUUAGUGCUCAUGACAGAGCGCUGACAUGUCGCAAGUUGGCAGAUCCUUCCAGUAAGCCAGAAGAUUUCAUGCGUCCCGGUCAUAUCUUGCCUCUUCGUGCUGUCCCUGGAGGUACAUUUAAACGCUUUGGACAUACAGAAGCUGCCGUAGAUCUUUGUCAAUUAGCCGGUGUUCAACCUGUUGCUUGUAUUGGUGAGUUGAUCAAAGAGGAUGAUGAAAAUGGUGACAUGGCUAGAAGAGAUGAUUGCUUUGCUUUUGCUAAGAAACACGGCAUCAAAAUGAUUACCAUCAAGGAUAUCAUUGCUUACAAAAGAUUACAUUAUGAAAACUAA